AGGUGAUGGAAACAUGGAGCAAAAUUGUGAUGACAAUUGUUAUAUCUGUACUAGUAAGAUGGGGAUGGAAAGUGAUAGAUUGGGUAUGGUUUAAGCCCAAAAAGCUUGAAAAGUGGCUGAGGAAUGAAGGAUACAAAGGUAAUCCAUACAAGCUUAUAACCGGUGACAUGAAAGACCUUGCAACAAUGAUGAAGGAAGCUAAGUCAAAACCCAUCCCAAUCACUACUCAUGAUAUUAAUUCAUAUAUUCUCCCUUUUGAUCAUCAUAUCAUCACUAAAUAUGGUGAGAAAUCAUUUGUAUGGUUUGGGCCACACCCAAGGGUGUACGUCAGGGACCCCGAGCUGAUCAAAGAGGUACUAUCAAAACCAAAUGAGUUUCAGAAGCCACCAGAGCCACUUCGAGAUAGCAUCUUUGGCGGUCUACUUGUUGCUGAGGGUCACAAAUGGACCAAACAUAGGAGAAUAAUCGAUCCAGCUUUUAAUCUUCAAAAUCUCAAGAUCAUGUUCUUGGGGAUCUACUCGAGUUGUAGUGAUAUGGUCCAGAAGUGGGAACUGCUAACUGCCGGAAAUGAGUCCACUGAAAUGGAUGUAUGGCCAGAUAUCAAUAACUUAUCUGGUGAAGUAAUUUCACGAACUGCAUUUGGCAGUUCUUACGAAGAAGGAAUGAAGAUAUUCCAAAUCAACAGGGAACAAAUAAAUCUUGUAUUCCAAAUGCUGUUUAUAAUUCAUCUUCCUGGAAGAAGAUUUAUACCCACAAAAGCCAACAAGAAGUUUCAACAAAACGUUCACGAGCUUCGAUUGGCAUUGACGGGUAUUAUUGACAAGAGGAAGAAAGCAAUCGAGAUGGGAGAACAUAUACGUGAUGACUUACUUGGAAUUUUGCUAGAAUCAAAUUCGAAAGAGAUUGAAGAAAAUGGGGUUGGAAUGAGCAUGGAAGAUGUGAUAGAAGAAUGUAAGUUAUUUUACAUGGCUGGAUCAGAAACAACCUCAAAUUGGAUUGUUUGGACUAUGAUUUGUUUAAGUUUGCAUCAAGAAUGGCAAGUUAAAGCUCGAGAAGAGAUACUACAAGUUUUUGGUAAAGGGGAACUUGAUUUCGAAGGCCUUAAAGACCUCAAGAUCUUAACAAUGAUACUAUACGAGGUUAUUAGGCUAUAUCCGCCUGCAAUAAUGUAUGUACGGACUACUUUAAAGGAGACGAAGCUAGGAAAUAUGAUGAUACCUCCGGGUGUGCAAUUAGCCUUAGCCCCGAUCCAUGUUCAUCAUGACCCUAAAAUAUGGGGCAAAGAUGCAACCGAGUUUAAACCUGAAAGGUUCGCAGAAGGAGUCGUGAAUGCAACAAAUAAUGGGAAAGGAACAAAUUCGUUUCUACCAUUUGGUGGCGGUCCUCGUGUUUGCAUCGGGCAAAACUUUGCUAUGACGGAAGCAAGAACUGCCAUGGCAAAGAUUCUUCAACGCUUUUCUUUUGAGCUUUCGCCGUCUUACAAACAUUCGCCUUUCCCUGUAUUCACCCUUCCGCCCCAGUUUGGCGCUCCUUUGAUUAUACGCAACGUAUGAUGGUUUGCAUGUAACUUUGUAUAUCAUAUACUACUAGUCUACUACUACAAACUUAGCAAAACACCGUUUCACAACGUAAAUGUUGUAUGAUGUGAUAAAAAAAAAUAAUCCAAGUA